GUAAACAUAGAAACGACUAAGUAUUGCAGUAUGGUUUGAUGUAAUAUUAUAGGGGGGAAAUACAUAUUUACGUCAUCGGAACCAACAAGAUAAAUCGAUGUUAUUGAAUUGAUAGUUUUUGUUUAAUAAGCCAAAAUGUCAAAACUAUAGUUAUCAAGUAUAUACUAUAUAGACAUUGGAUUUAAAUUAAACACUUUUGAACCUUGCUUUAUCGAAUCACGUGAUCAAAAGGGGUUAUAACAUGAGUCACCACUGGUCACAACCGAUGUAAACAAUCAAGAUGGAGUUAUGUGCAUCACUUCAGAAGAUUGGAUCAAUUACAUUUUCCAUACUUUUACUUCAUACAGUAACAAUCGAAGGAGGCGUUUCUUUCUUAAGUGUGGACGAACGAUGUAUACCGACAUGCACAUCUCUUAAUAACAUCCCAAACUGGACGUUUUUAUUAUGUGAUGGUGACAGAAGCACGUGCGCUUGGCAGUGUGCGGCGCAGCGGAUGGGCUGCGAUGAGGGCCUGAUCUACCAUUGUGCACAGGACUUUCAAAAUUAUGAACUUAAACGCAACAAAAUUGAAUAUAUUGAGGCAUGUGCACCGGAGAGGUCUUGCAAUGCAGGGGAAGAGCCAUAUGUAACGUUUUCCUUAGACGACGUGGUGCGGUCACCUAGAAACGCUAAAAUCAACUGCGUUCCGUGUGCGGACCCAAAUUUUUACAACAGCCAAGCAGGAAAGUCUUCUGCCUCAUACAGUCGAUGCUACCAACAGAAGUUCAACAAAUGUAUCCCCGAAGACCACAAAAUCAACUGCGGUGACAUAUCCUGGCGAGACCGAAAGGAGACCGACGGAUAUUGCCGAUGUGACGCAAGGAACGGUUACGCGCCAGAAAACGAGAACGUGAAAACGAGAUGUUUCUACAGUGUUGAGUAUUGUGCGCAUAAGACGUGUCCACAUCCAGCCCAGGAGCUACUUUUAAAUUACACAUGUGGCGACCGGUGUCCUUCUGGAAUGCACCGGACGGAGAUAUCAGAUGAAUGUGUUCCUAACAAACUUGAUCAAACCACGAAAUAUACACCUACAAUAUUGGUAUUUCAAAGAAAUGGUGGUAAAUCAACCUCGACAGAAACCAUAGAAGUUAUUUCUACUAAAAGGGUUGACGUGAAGGGUAACUCCGAUGAAUUAUAUAAAGAUAUUCUUCUUCCAUUAAGCAUUAUUGUUGGAGUUGUCGCCGUAUUGUCAUCAUUAUCAGCUGUGAUGUUUAAACAUAGAAAUGGAAAAAAAUACUAUACACAACAAACAUUACGUCAACUGAAGAAAGCGGCAAACAUAGUGUAUGGAAUCGGUAAAUCUAUCAUGGCUGGAGAUCCAGUGCAAGUGACAGGUGAUAAACCAACUAUCAAGACUGACUUGCGCAGUCGGCAGAUGGAGCAACAUAGUUACCCAGUUGGCAGUUCUCAAGGAAUCGAGAUAACCUCGUGUGCGCAGGAUGCAACCGAGGAAAUACCACAAGAAAUCGAGGAAACAAGUUUCAGCAUUUCACGCGACCAGACAUUUCCGAGUAAAGAUCGGGAAAUCAAAGAUCAGAGUGAUUCCGAAAAGUCUUUGCUGUUAGGACAUGAGAAAAGUCCUCCUCUAGAAAAAUUUGCCAACACAACUACCGUUAUCAUUGAGUCCAGAGACAAAAACGGUGAUAUGAACACCGCUUCCGGCCAAACCUCAAGAAGUAUUGCUGAGCCAGAUGAGAGUUGUGAAUUAUGCAACUGCGACUCACCAGGUAAUGAAACAGAGCUUCAAACACCCAUAUCUGAAGAAAUAAUCGCAGCGAAAAAGCUUUGACGAGGGGUCAAACCUGUCUAUCCCUCUGUUUCAUUUACAAUUGAAAUUUGUCUAAAUGAAGACGGUACAACAGCAGAGGACAUUGAUGAUGAAACAAAUGGCCACGGCACACUUAGUACAAAGAGUGAAGACGAUGAAACAAAUGAAAAAAUGCACAAAAAUAAAAAAGGUCAGGUGAUAGUUCACCGAGGUACAGAUGCUGACCAAGUGGACAAAUUGUGCACAAGUUCAUGUGGUCAAGAAGUACUUUUCACAAGUGGGGAAGAUGAAAAAACGGACAAACUGAACACUGGUGCCAAAUCUCAAGCGAGACCUUGUUCAAUGCAGUAAAUCAGUAAAGAAAUUACAUGAAUCUAAAAGUGAAAAGCUUACUGAAUUUGAGACAGGCAGUGGAAAUUUAGAGGACAUAAUAUAUUUUUUAUGAAACGGAUCGUAAGCAUGUGUUAUUUUACUAAAUGUCCAUACGUUGUACAUAUUAGCACAAAUGUUUUGUGGGUUUAUUUUAAUUAUUUGGUGUAUUGAUUACUCCUGUACCAAUUAUAUUUGUUCUCAUUGUCGCUUGGAGUUCUUUGUUGAAAAUAUCAGUUUAAUCAAUUACAUUAUUCAAGCUGUAUUUGGACAAAUAACAAAUACACCUAACAUAUACCGAUUGCAUGGAGUAUAAAGUAGUGUGUCUCUAUUCAAAUGGUUUAAAAAUAAACGCACUAACUUCUUUCAAAAUAGCUUCAUUUUUUAUGUUAAAGACUUCCACUAAUUAUUGGUAUUUUAAUUUAUUCUUCUGAAUAUAGCCUUUUUAAACCCCUUUCCUUGUUGGAUGCAAAGUU